AUGGCCGGUCGCUAUUCCAACCUCCCACCGCCGACUCGCGAUUCACUCGAACUUGCCUCACUGGCCUCCUCUUCGCACCCCUCGCGCCGAACCUCUGAAGAAUCUUCUACCUCGGGUGCGCCUUCUUCGCGCAGACUGUCAUUUGACGAUGAGGACCCCUUGUCAGAACUGAACCCUGCUGGUCACGAUCCGAACAGACCACGGCACACUCGUUCGUACAGCGUAUCUUCGGCCUUCGACUUUGCACCCAAUCUAUUCCCUCUCUCUAGCACUGCGCAGGGAUACACAGCACUGGGCGCACCUUCGAACCCGGCCCUAGACCCGUCCAACGCGCUUAACGGCGGCUCACUAGAGAAGAACAAGAGUUUGACAUACCUUAAUGGAUUGUCAUUAGUAGUUGGGCUUAUAAUAGGAAGCGGCAUCUUCUCCUCGCCAUCACAAGUCAACAAGAAUGCUGGAUCGCCAGGCGCGUCCCUUAUUGUCUGGGUCGUGGCCGGAAUACUGGCAUGGACGGGUGCCGCGAGUUAUGCGGAGCUCGGAGGUGCUAUACCACUCAAUGGUGGUGCACAAGUCUAUUUAUCCAAGAUUUUCGGAGAAUGGGCGGGAUUCUUGUUUACGUGGUGUGCGGUCGUGGUGCUGAAACCAGGCUCAGCAGCCAUCAUUGCGAUCAUCUUUGGAGAAUAUUUAGUGCGCGCAAUAAUUGGCGCCGAAGCUGUGGACGCGAGCACAUGGUUGAACAAGGGCGUGGCUUUGGUGGGACUUGUGGCCGUCACGCUACUGAACUGUGUGUCCACCAAGCUGGGUACCAGAAGCGCCGAUGUCUUCAUGUUUCUGAAGUUCUUUGCACUUACAGGAGUCACCGUAAUCGGUAUCGUAGUUGCAGCGACCGGGCUUUCCUACAAGGGUGACGCGAAUGAAGACUGGAAGAACCGCGGCUGGUUCGAGGAUACUAGCGAAAACGUUAGCAACUGGGCUGUGGCGCUCUAUGCCGGGCUCUGGGCUUUCGAUGGUUGGGACAACGUCAACUACGUGACUGCCGAGUUCAAGAACCCGACCCGCGAUCUCCCCCGCGUCAUCCACACCUCUCUCCCACUCGUCAUACUCUGCUACAUCCUAGCCAACAUAUCCUAUUUCCUCGUACUUCCCACCUCCGUCAUCGAGUCGUCCAACACCGUCGCCGUAGCCUUUGGAUCACAAGUGUUUGGUCCCAUUGGAUCACUCAUACUCGCAUUGUUUGUCUCGGGAUCAUGUUUCGGUGCACUGAACGCAACAACAUUCACAUCUGGCCGCCUUGUUUACGCUGCUGGCAAAGAAGGUUAUCUUCCAUCUCUAUUCGGGAAUAUUGGACUGGGGAAGAAUCAUAGGGCGAUCCGCUUGCACAGCAUGAAUUCAACACAAGGGAAGAGCAAGAUCCCCAAGAAGCUAGUGAGCUGGUUUGCAGACGCUGAUGCAGGCUUCUUCUUUACGCCUAUAUCCGCCAUGGUACUCAAUGCUGUCCUGACAGCCAUUUACAUCGUUGUCGGCAGCUUCGACACUCUCGUCACCUUCUAUGGUGUAGCAGGGUACGCUUUCUAUUUUCAAACCGUACUUGGCCUCAUCAUCCUUCGCGUUCGAGAACCUGAUCUAGAACGUCCGUAUAAAACCUGGAUCACCACGCCUAUUAUCUUUUGCUGCGUUAGUCUCUUCUUGUUGAGCAGAGCCGUGUUUGCCGAGCCAUUACAGACACUACUCGUUGUAGCGUUCAUGGUGGUGGGCUUAGUGAUAUGGUUUGCAUGGGUGGGAAGGCGUAGAGGGAAGGAGCAGAACAAGUUUCGUAUGCCUGAAGAAGGUAAUGAAAAAGUGGGAUGGAAGUUCUGGCAACGUUGGAGACGAUGA